AUGCCUCCCCCAAAGGUAGCAAAGAGCGAAUAUAUCGAAACAGACACGGGCAACAAGAUCUCCCGCCGCUCCCAAAUUCAUGGCACACAACACAUUAUCCUUGGCGGAAAGACCGUAAUCCAAGCCGAAGCCGUCAUCCGCGGCGACCUCUUCCGCACCGCAUCAAACGUCGCAGCCCAAGACCCUAAGAACCCAAGCACACCCCCGUCAAACGCACCCAGCGUCGCAAUCACAGUUGGUCGAUACAGCUACAUAUCUAAGGGUGCGAUUCUUCGACCACCCAGCCGGCUCCACCGUGGCAUGCACUCAUUCUACCCGCUUAAGAUUGGGGACCAUGUCUUUGUUGGCGAGGGUGCCGUUGUUGAGGCUGCGUCGCUUGGUAACCAUGUUCAUGUGGGGAAGGAGGCCAGCAUAGGCAGUAUGGCUAUUAUCAAGGACUUUGCUUAUGUUCUUGAUGGGGCUGUUGUGCCGCCUGGUAUGGUUGUUCCCAGUUGGUGUGUUGUUGGUGGACGGCCCGCUAGAAUUGUUGGCGAGGUUGGAGAGGGAUAUGGGGUUGAGGGGGCUGAGGGUGGUAUGGCGAGGGAGAGAUAUCGCGUUGUAGGGAGACCGUGA